AUGAAGGAGUGGUGGCUGCAGCUGGGGCUGCUGGGCGUGCCCCUCCUCGCCGUCUACCUGCACAUCCCACCCCCACAGCUUUCCCCUGCACUCCGCUCCUGGAAAUCCUCUGGAAGCUUCUUCACCUACAAGGACCUGAACAUCUUCUACAGAGAUUCCAGUGGUGCUCUUGGCAGCUCUGACAUCGUGGUGCUCCUGCACGGCUUCCCAACAUCCAGCUAUGACUGGAGCAAGAUCUGGGAAGGGCUGACUCAGCGCUUUCACCGGGUGAUUGCCCUGGAUUUCCUCGGAUUUGGAUUCAGUGACAAGCCUAGGCCCCAUGGCUACUCCAUCUUCGAGCAGGCCACCAUCGUGGAGGGGCUGCUGCGACACCUCGGGCUGCGGCACCAGAGGAUCAACCUCCUGUCCCACGACUACGGGGACACGGUGGCCCAGGAGCUGCUCCACAGGUAUGAGCACAAUAAAACUGGGAGCAUCCUGAUCAACAGCCUCUGUUUAUCCAAUGGAGGGAUUUUUCCUGAAACUCACUACCCCCGCUUCAUCCAGAAGCUCCUCAAGGAUGGGGGGUUGCUGUCCCCCAUCAUCCUGAGGAUGAUGAACUUCUUCUUCUUCUCUGGAGGGCUUGGGGCAGUUUUUGGGCCCUACACUCAGCCCUCCCAGGCGGAAUUUUGGGAUAUGUGGACGGCGGUGAGGAACAACGACGGCAAUCUCGUUCUGGACAGUGUUUUGCAGUACAUAAAUCAGAGAAAAAAGCACAGAGAGCGCUGGCUUGGGGCUUUGAUGUCUACCUCAGUCCCAUUGCAUCUCAUCUAUGGGCCCCUGGACCCUGUGAAUCCACACCCAGAGUUCCUCCAGCUUUACAGGAAGGUGCUUCCCAUGUCCACAGUGUCAGUGCUGGAUGAUCACAUCAGCCACUAUCCCCAGCUGGAGGAUCCCACAGGAUUUCUGAAUGCCUACCUGAAUUUCAUCAACUCCUUCUGAGUCUCACUCUUUGCUCAAAGGCAGGCUUUGGGGGCAGGAAAAAAAAAAAAAACCUAUGGAUUUUCUCUUCCACACCCAACACUGUGCUCACACCCUCAUCCUGGGCUGCCAAACUGAGUGAAAUCCUUGGAAAAUUGGGAAAAUGAAGGAAAAAGCAGGAUGCUGGCAGCUCUUCCAGCCCUGCACUCAACUUCUUGCCCAGCUUAAAUCUCUAUUUAGAGAGGCAGAAGUUUAAAUUAACAUUAAAUCAGAAUUUCUUACUUCCUUCAUCACCCUGACUUAGAAACAACCAGAAGUUCCCUCACAAAAUCCCUCCAUCCCCCUUCCCUUGCCAGUUUUCCAUUUGGGGAUUUUUCCCAAUUUGAACCCAGGAAAAGGCUGCCCUGAGCUUUGGUUAUUACCUGACAUGAAGCUCAGAGAACUGAAUCUGCCUCAAGAGAUGGAGUUUAAUCUCUCUCUGUACUUUGAUUUUUUUCUGUGUGGAAGAAGAGACAGUCACAAAAACGUUGCAAAUUUGGAGGUUUGGGGUGGUUUUUUAAUUGUUUAUGUUGGGAAUUUAAUAGCAUCCCUUUAGCAAUAAGGGAUUUUUGUUUAAUAAACAGCCAUUAUAGGCUAUUUUUUCUGUACUGGAGCAGACAGAAUUAGAACAAACAAAAAAAAAAUUCUAUUUUAUUAACAGUAAUUCAUAUGAAUUCCACCAUUUGAACCAGUGUUUAUUUUCUGUUAA